AUGACUAACUCUUCACAGGUCCUAUAUUUCACUCUGACUGCCUACUUUGACGUUGGGAGUUUGAAAUACCUGUACUUUAUGAUGGUUUUGUGUUUCUAUGUUGUGAUUAUCGGCUCCAACGUCCUGCUGAUCUCGGUGAUCUGUGUGAACCGGAGCCUACAUGAACCCAUGUUCCUGUUCCUCUGCAGCCUGUUUGUGAACGAACUGUUUGGUAGUUUGGGUUUGUUUCCCUUCCUGCUGGUCCAGAUCCUCUCUGACGUUCACAUCGUUUCUGCUCCUCUCUGCUUCCUGCAGAUCUUCUGUGUUUACAGUUAUGCAGCAGUUGAAGUUUUGAACUUGGCCGUCAUGUCUUAUGACCGCUAUGUGGCCAUCUGUUUUCCUCUGCAGUACAGCUCCACCAUGACGGACAGAAAGGUUGCGUUGCUCAUUGCUCUGACCUGGGCGUUGCCUGUUCUGGCCACUGUGGUUCUGGUGUCGCUCAGCGCCCCGCUGCAGCUCUGUGGGAACGCCAUCGAUAAGGUUUUCUGUGGGAAUUUCUCCAUCGUUAAGCUGAGCUGUUCUAACACCAGCGUUAACAACGUUUACGGUCUGGUUCUGACGGUCGUCUCCAUCGUCCCUCCGCUCGUUUUAAUCCUCUACACCUACGGAAAGAUUCUGGAGGUGUGUUUCUGUGCUACCAGACAGACGCGACAGAAAGCCGUCAGCACCUGCACGCCUCACCUGGCCUCCAUCCUGAACUUUUUCUUCGGCUGCUGUUUCCAGAUCCUGCAGAGCAGGUUUGACCUCAGCAGGGUGCCUCCGGUUCUGGCCAUCGUUUUGUCGCUUUACUUCCUGACCUGCCAGCCGCUCUUCAACCCGGCGCUGUACGGCCUGAAAAUGGCCGCCAUCCGAGACUCGUGUAAACGUUUGUUAUGUGGGGGAAACUCGGCUCCUGCAGCAGCUUUUCAUGCCUGACAGCCUUCAGCUCGACUCAAGCUCUUCAUCUUUUAGUUGUUUUCAGCCUCAGGGAGCAUCCAGGUGAUGCUGGAGGCGUGAUGCUGGG